ACAAAGGGAUAGUCAAAGAAUAGGGUCAAGUGAAUUAUGCAUUAUCCAUCUUAUGGCAUUUUUUCAAAGAUACCGUUUAGUUUAAGACUAAAAUUGAUGAAUAACGCUCCUGAAACUAUUUAUGCCUAUUUUGGUUAAUUUACCUGUAAUUAUUUCAAUCUAUAUUUGAAGAAAUGUAAUUAUUGAACUUUGGUGACAAUGAUAAACUGUGACGAAAUUUUUGAACUUCGUGAUAUCAAAGACUACGAUAGAGCUGUGAGAAGAACUGGUUAUGGCCGUUUUCACUAUGAGGUCCUUGCAGUCAGCGCAAUGUCCAUCCUCUCCAUGGGUUUUCAGAACGGUCUCUCAUCCUACGUUUUUCCAGCGGCCCAGUGCGAUCUCAAUUUCACCUCCUUCGAACUGGGAAUUCUCAAUAUGGCCUUUAUGAUUGGAGGAAUCAUCGGAUGUUUCCUGUGGGGAGCCUUAGCCGACAAUUUAGGUAGACAGAAGGUGCUGUACAGCACUCAUUUAUUCGAUGCUUUAAUCACUAUAGUUUGUGCUGUCUUGCCUACUGCGACGAAUUUGUUUGUUCUCAGGUUUUUGAAUGGAUUUUUGAUUGGUGCUCCAGGAAGUAUCAUCUUCACUUACGUUGCCGAAUUCCAGCCACCAAAAUACCGAACUCCUGUUGUUUGCUGCUGCGGAAUUUUCUUCACCUUAUCCUGGUUAAUACUCCCGCUUCUAGCAUAUUUCAUCCUGCCUCUGCAAGGGCUCAGUUUUUCUUUAGGAAAUUUUAUAUUUUUCUGCCCGUGGAGAUUAUUCCUCAUCAUCCUAGCCAUUCCAGAACUCUUAACUGCCUUGUGGAUACUAAAAAUGCCCGAAAGUCCUAAAUAUUUCCUGGCAAAAGGCGAACACAAAGAAUGCUUAGCGAUCUUGAGACAUAUGUAUUCUAAGAAUACCGGAGAUCAUCCUGAUGAUUUUCCAGUCAAGAAUUUGAUAUCAGACGUUAAAAUGGAUACAUCAAACAAUGUAGCAUGCGAUGGGAAAACUUUGAGGGUACUCAGAACCAUGGGAGGACAAAUGAAGAGUAUGUUUCAGCAACCGUUGUUAACAGUAACUGCUUUGACUUGCAUCAUAAUGUUUGCUAAUAUGUUUGGAAUGUUUGGUUUAGGACUCUGGCUUCCGGAAAUCUUCGUACGCUUUGACCAAUUCGAAAAACUCUAUCCCAAUGCCACUCCAUCCAUAUCGGAACUUUCAACUUUAGUCCAAUCCAAAAACGUUACUUGUGAAGCCACCUUUGAUGCCUCAGUAACCUACAAUACUGUUGUAAUAGCUACCAGUUCAUUGGUUUUUAAUUUAAUUUGUGCUAUCCUAGCAACUAAAGUUCAUUUUAAAGUUGUACCACUGGUAACGAUGUUGAUUGGCGGAGCUGCUAGUGCCAGCAUAUACUUUUUAAGUAGCUCCCUGCAAAAUUUAGUUGUAGCUAGUUUAUUCCAAGCUAGUAUGAUUACUGCCAAUAUGACAAUCGGUAGUAUAGCUGUUGAGCUGUUUCCUACCAAAGUUGUUGGCAUAGCUUUGAGUUUAAUUAUGUGUUCGGGACGUUUUGGAGCUGUGGCCAGUAGCUUCUUGUUUGGUUAUUACAUGGACACCCAGUGUGAGAUCCCAAUUUUUGUAGUAGGAGCUGUAGUACUUCUAGGAGGUUUCUUAUGCUUUUUAGUACCAAGACGAAGCAAAGAAGCACCAGCAAGUUUCCGUAUGACGCAUGAUAUUGAAGUGGCAGUAAUUUCAGCGUACGACGUGAAAUUGAGAUGAACUCUUGAGCAUAUUUAAAAAUAUGUCUGUGUUUAUGUGUUACUAGUGUUGUAGUUUUAUUUAUUUUUAUAAAUAAUAAAAAUUUUACUUGUAGGAAAAUGUAUGAGGAUUUUAUAUGAUAUAAACUAGGAUCGAAUUCCGAUUUAAAUAAAUGGGAAACAAGUCAUUGUAUUGUUGUCAUAUCUCUAGUCUCUAAAAGUAGGUACUUUCGAAACUAUCAAAAGACUAAAAUUGAUGAAGACGGUGUCAUAAUAAUGAAUU